UUCUGCUUGCGACUGCAACCGGCUAACGUCGAAUUGGUGAGCUAAACAGAUGUCAUGUGAAAUUGUGAACAUAGUAAUGAUGUUUCCCCGCUCUUGUCGGAUUAGCUGAUGAAAAAUUCGGAUCCGAUCUUAUUGGUGUCGCUUAGUUGGAAAUAUUUUUGCUUUCCUUAUAGUUUCAAUUCUUGAUAGUACUCUAUUAAGCCCAAAUUGUUUAUACUUACUAUAGAACCAUCUAAAAAUGGCGGACGCCGGAUUGUAUUAUGAUACGAACGAUCCCGAAUUAAAGUACCUAGUUGUCGAUCGAAAUCUUAUCAACGAUCCCACUGCUCAAGCAGAAUGGACCGCGAAAAAGUUAGUUUGGAUACCGCAUGAAGUACAUGGAUUUGUUGCAGCUAGUGUCAAAAGGGAGAAACCUGAUGAACUGGAAGUUGAAAUCGUAGAAACUAAUAAGAGGUGUGUCGUUGCUAAAGAUGAUGUUCAAAAAAUGAAUCCUCCACGGUUUGCCAAAGUGGAAGAUAUGGCUGAAUUGACUUGCUUAAAUGAAGCAUCGGUAUUACACAACUUAAAGGACCGUUACUUUUCUGGUCUUAUUUAUACAUAUUCUGGUUUGUUCUGUGUAGUCGUCAACCCCUACAAACGUCUUCCCAUAUAUACGGAAAAAGUAAUUGAACUUUAUAAAGGUAAAAAAAGGCAUGAAGUUCCUCCUCACAUCUUUGCUGUCACUGAUGGCGCUUAUCGUAGUAUGUUACAAGGUAAGUUUUAA